ACUUCCUUUGCCGCCCCUCUCCUCACCAGUUUGCAUUCCACAAAUAUGUCUAGACGCUGGGGAUUGAAUAGUGAACAAAACCAAAAAUUCUGCUCUUCUGGAGUUGGCAUACUAAUUAAUGACUGUCAAUACCACUCUCCCCUUCCUUAGCCUCUUUUCUCCAAUGCCCUUACCUUUUCUUCCAUUUGGCUGUCUCUCUUCCUCUUAGUUUAAUCUCUCCCCUCUUUCCAAUGAAAAAUUUUCUUUUGUUUUAGAGACAGAAAAGGCAGCAAACACUUCCUAAAGUUUAUGUUGUUCCCACCAGUUCCCAGCCUUCUCCAAUUUUGUCUGUCUUCCUUGAAUCUUCCUUGACUCCUCUCUCGCCCCAUUUCAUUGGUUCUCUUGGUUCAGUCUGCAGCUCCUCUUGUCACCUCUGCUCCCUCACCUUCUCCAGGGUAUUUCCCAGAUGUCACCUUCUCUGAGGCCUGCCUCAGCCUCCUUAUGUGAAACUUCAACCCUAAGCCCACCUACCCCCACCCUUCUUUGUUUUGCUUUUCUCCUCAGGAUUUGUCACCACCUGACGUCUUCUAUUUCAUUUGAUUAUGGUCUGUUUCUUCCCACUGGCAUGUGAAUGUGGUAGUUUGCUCUGGAAGGACAGCAAGAAACUGUGUCUUCAAUGGCUUCGUUGGUGGCGUAUGAUGAUUCAGACUCAGAAGCUGAGACUGAGCCUGCAGGAAGUUUUAAUGAUGCUGACCAGACGAAAGACACUUCUGGUGUGACCAAACCUCCUGGGCAGGACUUUUCAUCUGGUGUACUGGAUGUGACAAAAGAUGGGGCACAGCCCACAAAACAUGGCUCUUGUGAAGACUCAGGGGGCUGUUGUCUCCCACUGGCUCGGCUUGGGAGAAUUAAUCCGGAAUCUUGCCCCAGCCAGAGGCUGCAGUGGCCCAGCAAGGAGCCUGAAGUCACCUUCCCCACCAGCAGGCCUUCUCAUUCUUCUUUGUGGACCACCCAUGCUCCAGCCAGCCACACGCCCCUGGCAGCUUCCCGCUUUAAGCAAGUAAAGCUCCCCUGGGGUUCCCCCAAGUCAUCUUUCCAUACUCCAAGCGAAUCUGAAACCACAGAUAAAAAUGGCAACUCUUUUCAGAAGAAAAGGUGUGAGGACUGUGUUGUACCAUAUACCCCGAAAAGACUAAGACAGCUGCAAGCAGCAAGCACAGAAACAGCCAAGAGUAAAGACGUGGAGCCACAGGCUCCACCUGCAGCCCCUCUCCGUGUGGCCCCUGUAGCGUCUGAUUUUAUUCAGCCAUAUUUGAGCAGUCAUUAUAAAGAAACCACGGUCCCUACGAAAGUGCUUUUCUACCUGAGAGGCCACAGGGGCCCCGUAAACAGCCUUCAGUGGUGUCCAGUCCGUUCUAAGAGCCACAUGCUUCUCUCAACUUCUAUGGAUAAAACCUUCAAGGUCUGGAACGCCGUGGACUCAGGGCGCUGCUUGCAAACCUACUCCCUGCACAGCGAGGCAGUGCGGGCUGCCCGGUGGUCUCCUUGUGGCCGGCGCAUCCUCAGUGGUGGCUUCGACUUCGCGCUGCACCUAACAGACCUUGAAACAGGAACCCAGCUAUUUAGUGGUAAAAGUGACUUCAGAGUCACUGCCUUGAAAUUUCAUCCAAAAGACCACAGCGUUUUUUUAUGUGGAGGCUUCAGCUCCGAAAUGAAGGCUUGGGAUAUAAGGACCGGCAAGGUGGUGAGAGGCUACAAGGCGACCGUCCAGCAGACCUUGGACAUCCUGUUCAUUGGGGAAGGCUACGAGUUCCUGAGCAGCACAGAUGCUUCCACCCGGGACUCUGCUGACCGCACCAUCAUUGCCUGGGAUUUCCGGACCUCUGCCAGAAUCUCUAACCAGAUUUAUCAUGAGAGAUACACCUGCCCCAGCCUCGCCUUGCAUCCCAGGGAGCCUGUGUUCCUGGCGCAGACCAACGGCAACUACGUGGCCCUCUUCUCCACCGUGUGGCCCUACCGGAUGAGCAGAAGGCGGCGAUACGCAGGGCACAAGGUGGAAGGCUACUCGGUGGGCUGCGAGUGCUCCCCAGCCGGAGAGCUGCUGGUGACGGGCAGCGCCGACGGCCGGGUCCUGAUAUACACCUUCCGCACGGCCAGCCGGGCGUGCACGCUGCAGGGGCACGCACAGGCCUGCCUCGGCACCACCUUCCACCCCGUGCUGCCCUCCGUCCUCGCCACCAGCUCCUGGGGAGGGGAGGUGAAGGUCUGGCACUGAGCUCCCAUCACUGCUGAGCUCUGCCGUCGCUGAGCCUUCCUGACGCGGGCCUGGGCCCCUUCUUCCCUGCAGGCGGGCGGACGUGAGCACCAAGUGUGGCUUUGGGUCAAACCUGGGCAGAGGCUGUCUCCACUGUCCUCUGAGCCUCAGUUUCCUCCUCUGCAAAAUGAGGACAAAAACCUGUCUGUUACAGGGUUGUGAGGACUACAGUAGUGAAAGCCCCUGGCAGGUGGCUGAUGUUGCCCAAUAAAUGUGUUUUGUGAUUCCUGAA